UUCGAUGUAUCGAAUCAUUUGGUGUUUGUUUAUAUGUGAAGCUGAUGAAAGAGGUUAGAAGUGAGAACGUCGGAGAAAUUAAGUAAAUAGCUUUGUGCUUUGGAAGGAUUGGCAUAUAUUUCCACCAUAUGCUUUAAUACUGUGUUCAAGAUAGACGGGAGGUUCAAGCCUAACAGUCAAUGGGCUUUAUAGAUGAUGAGCUUAAAGAAGUGUCAAAACUGUGUGAGCAUGUCAUUCAAGGGAGUAGACUUAUUUCCUGUGUGCAGUCAAUGGUGCGAGUUGAAAUAAGGCGGACACACUACAAGCAGAUAACAGCUUGCAUUCAAUUUCCUGAAGAAUAUCCUGCUUUUCCUUUGCUUAUUCAACUGAAAAGCAAGAAUCUGUCAGAAAAACUAUUGGAUCGUUUGACAUCUAUUUGUGAAGAAGAAGCAAAGAUUUUAGGGAAACCACAGGUCUUACCAGUACUGAAAUUAGUAAAAACUUUCCUUGAUGAGAACCCACUUUCUUGCUGUUAUGAUGAGGUAUCUUCCAUAAAGAAAAGCUUGCCUGCAGCAGAUGAAUUAAAGCUGAAGCAAAAGACCUCAUCUAUCCAUUUAAAAUUGUGUGAGGGGAAGUACUUCUUAAAAACAAGAAUAGUAAUUCCGGAAAAUUAUCCUGAAGCUGCAGUUGUUUUUGAAGAUGUUCAAAGUAAUUUUCCCCCUGUGUUACAUAAAUACAUGGAAGGGCAAGCAAAGGAAAUUGUACGUCAAUGUGUGGAGCCACCUUUGCGAAAACAGUCAAAAUGUCCUCCAUUCUCUCCCUCACCUUCACUUCAGAAAGCUGUCAUCUUUCUUAUCUCUACGGUCCAUCAGCUACCAGGAGAGAAAUGCCAGAUAUGUCGUGGGCAGUGCUUACCUCUUGAACCACAAGAAGUCGAGGUCGAUGAAAUGGCAGAUAAACAUGUUGAACGUGUUUACUGUGGACACUUGCUGCAUUUGCAGUGCCUGGUUUCCUACAUGAAAACUCCUCCAUUUGAAGGGGGCAAAAAAUGUCCAGCUUGCAAACAAAGAAUUUACCAUGACAAGUGGCGCCUGAGUGACAAACUGGUAGAGGAUCGUUGGGCUCAUCAGCAAGCAAGAGAAAGGGAGUUGCAGGAAGUUGCAGAGUUCCUUGAAUAAUGUAUGUUUCCUUGUGGAGCUCUGAGACUGAAACAACAAAAAAUCAAAAUUAAUCUCAUUAAGCUGUCCAUCACAGAACACUUGAAAAUGAUCCUAUCUAAAAGCAGGACUGCACUUGAAACAACCAACCUUACUGCUGUGUAAAUCAUUAAGUAAUUCAAGAUGUACAUGACUGAUGUAAAUUACGCUUCCGAUUACUGUGUUGUUUUGAUAUCAACAUUUUUAACCUGUAUACAUCAUUAUGUAUUUCGAAAUAAAUUUCUGUCUUACUAGUAA